AUGACUGCUGCCAUUGAAAAGCACGACGUGGCGACCACGUUAAACUACUGGGACGACCCGGGUGACGGAUCAAAGCCUACUCCCAUUUUUAUUGGCAAGGGCAGAAUCAGCAACAAACGACCACACAAGGCUUGGGAUUUCGUCGUCUCCGACAUCAGCGGCGACGAGGACCAAUACACGCUCGACAGCCACGGGUUCCAGUACUGCGAGAGCGCCAGCGCCGAGGAGCACUUCACCGACGAGGCGGCGAUCAAGCAGGGCUACUACGCCGAGUGCUCGGCGCUCGUCCGAGAAAUCACGGGCGCGCGCACGGUGCACAUCUUCAACCACAAGGUGCGCCGGGGCCCGACGCAAUGGCACCACCUCGGGCUGCACAACCUGGCGAACCGGGGGCCCGUGACGCGGACGCACGUGGACCAGUCGUACGAGGGCGCGGAGCGGCGUCUACGGUGGGAGCUGCCGGCGGAGGAGGCCGAGGACAUUGUGCGCCGGGGGCGGCGGUACCAGAUCAUCAACGUGUGGCGGCCGAUCCGGGCGAUCCGCAAGGACCCGAUCGCGGUCGCGGACGCGCGCUCGGUGCCGGACGCGGACCUGGUGGGCGCGGAGAUGACCGAGGACGGGUUCGUGGGCGAGUCGUGGGUGGUGAGGCACAACUCGGCGCACCGGUGGCACUACAAGCACGGCAUGACGCCGAGGGACGUGCUGCUGAUCAAGUGCUUCGACUCGGUGCAGGACGGGGUGGCGCGGCGGGCGCUGCACUCGGCGUUUGAGGAUCCGGCGUACAGGGACUGCGAGUCCCGGCAGAGCAUCGAGGUUCGGUGCCUGGUGUGCUACGACUGA